AGCAAACCCGUGUACGGGGUUGACCCAAGGAACUCGGGCAGCUGAACUCAGUCAACGUCGAUCCUCCGAAGAGGAAAGCAGUUGAAGUAACUGGAAAGAUUCAGCAAGCGCAAAUUAGAGACACUUACGGGUGAAUAGAACUUCACAGCGGAGCCAAAGUUGAAGCACGAGUUGGAGCAAACUAACUGCACUGCGGAAUAGCAUUUUCUGAAAGUGAUUUCUUUGUCCUAAGCUAGCAGCGCAUUUAGAAGAACGGUGAUAGUAUUGUGAUUUUUUUUUUGUUAAGUGUAACUGAGUGGUACUGAAUUUACUGGAAUAAUAAGUGGAAAACUAGAAAAGCUGUGAUAAAAACGAACAUUUUGGAACUGUUUGUCGCCAGUGAAAAAUAUUCUGACGUGUCAUCACCAUGCCGGCCGAGUGCGCGGCCAACCCUCUGCAGAGGGCCCUCGCCGAUGCCAUCAUCCGGAUGGUCCCGAUGGAUGAGCUCCGUAUCCUGUUGGCUUGCGGAGCCAAAGUCAACGAACAGGUCACCCAGGGACUGCGCCCCCUGCACUAUGCCGUGUGGCAGAACAACGAAGCUGCCGUCAAUUUGCUUCUGGUGCGCAAUGCCGAAGUUAAUGCCAUCGACGAAGUUGGCUACAGUGCGCUGCAUCUGGCGGCAGAACAUGGCUUUAAAGAUUUGGCCAAAAUUUUACUGAACGGUGGAGCCAAAGUCGACUACCGUGAACCUACCGAUGAUCCAUAUCCCAGGACGACGCUUUGUGAUGAACCACUUCGCCUGGCUCUCCGGAAUCGGCACUACGAAGUAGCCCGGCUACUGCUGGAGCGUGGAGCCGAUCCCAAUAAGCGAUACUUUUUUGGUUCGGAAAUCAACUUGGCCACCGAUAUCGAAAGUUUGGAACUGCUGCUCAAGUUUGGAGCGAAUACGGAGGCCCGAGACCGAUCUGGAAUUACUCCGUUGAUGCGAGCGGUUCGCACCAACGGAAACUUCGAUUCUGUUCUACUGUUGCUUCAGUACGGUGCGAAUGUAAAUGCCAUGACCGAUGCCCGGAAUGAUUAUCGAACUGUGCUACACUAUGCUGUCCUCUCAGGAAAUGCCUCCUUGGUCACACUGCUCAUCAAACAGGGUGCUAGAGUGGACAUUCCUGCACCACUCCCGGAACCGGACAGACCCAGUCCUCUGGAUUUGGCGGUGCUACGAGGCGAUCCCACUCUGGUACGGAUACUGCUGGAAAAUGGCGCCAACGUGAAUCGUUGCAGUCCCAUCAUCGGAUCACCUCUGCACGUAGCCUGCGCCGAUAACAUCCCCCACAGAGUAGAAAUCAUGAAGAUGCUCUUGUCCUACGGUGCCGAUCCGAACAUCCGUGUCAUUGGAGACAUAGCUACGAAUGCCGUUUUGAGACCCCCAAUUGCCGAACUGAUUGCCAGCAACGACGAUGUGAAACCGGAAGAACUUCGAUUACUCAUGAAGUACGGAUCUCGGGUCAUCCUGAAGACCCAAUUCCGUGAUCCCGAGGGCGUGCUCAACUGCCUAACCGGUAUGGACCCGAAGUCGGACUCGUUCCGGAUAAUCCUGGAGGCAGCCGAAGAAUUCGAUCCCUGCAUGAUGCGCCGUAGCCAGCAACUGAAUGACGAACAGCGGAUGCUUCUGUUGGAACGUGCCACCAUCCCUAUGCCGCUCAAGUCCCGCCUGCGUGCGCACUUCCGAAGGCUGUUUGGCCGCAGUCUACCCGAGUUUGUACCAUCCCUGUUCAUCCCGAAGGAACUGCAGAGCUAUCUGCUGUACGAGCAUAGCUUUUGAUUAUUUUUUUAAAAAUCCGAUGACAGUGUAACGUGGUACAAAUUAAUCGUUAAACUCUAGAUUUUGUGAGCCAAUUUUGAAGAAGAUUAUAUGAAAAAUCCCGAUAAGACUUAUCCUAUGAGAACGAAUAUAUUCCUAAAACAUUAAACUUAUAAACUACAGCACGACAAUGUUUCAAAAGAUAUUAUAAACGCUAGACAUUUUGUAGGUUAGGAUUUGAUGCUGGAAAGAUAUCGAAACACUGCCACUUUUCCGAAACGGAUCUUCCAAAUGUGAAUCGUGGUCUUCUUUUUCCUGGCGAAAAGGCGACCAAGCAUGCAGAUGCAGAUCGAGAAAAGAAUGCAGGCAGUGACCUAGCACUUGUUUGUGAUAGAUUUAAGAGCAGUACGAUUCUUAUGAAAAACUUACACAGUGAACUUUAGACUUUGUAACCGAUUCGUGAUCAAUUUAUUUCGUAGAAAGUAACGUAAUAUGAACAUUUCUUAAGUUAACAUUUUGGUAUAUUGUAAUAAAGUGCUUUCAUGUGCUAUUUUGGAAAA